CGCCGACUUCAACGAACGACAGCGUGGAGUUGACCGCCCAGUUCGACUUCUGUCGAUGGACUCUGGUGUAUAAGAGUUCCUAAGUUCGCCAUGUAGCGUUGAUCCUGACACUGGCGACCAAUUCGCCAGCAAUUUUCCAAGUGAACUACUUCGUCCCGAUAUUAGCGAUGGCUAUGGAUAACGACACUGUCCAUCUCAAACCCAAUCACCUAGCGUCCGUUCAUCAAAGCCGAAAUACGAAACAUUCGAAGCGAAGGCUUCAUGAGAUAUAUGAGCUACCACUUCCUGUAGUCUGCCACCCACUACCCGCUCUUAUCCCUCACAAUCCACUGUCGAUACUCAGAAUCGCCUACGUGGUUGUAUCUGGCUUGAUUUGGCCACAAUCAUCACACCCUUCCGCGCUGUUCAGAGGCUCUUUGUCUACCAUCACGCAAUCUGUCCACAUUACAGAUGCAAAGGCGAUCCGUGCACUAUGGGAGAAGGGCUUCUUUGGAAAAGGCUCUCUGAGUCGUAGCGACCCAAGUUGGUUGGCUCGUGAGAAGCGCAGACUUGGCCUCAUGGCAGCGCAGACCAGUGAAGACAACACUCGCGCUAGGCGAGUCGAAAGACGACAGAUGAAGUACGAGAGAGCACUAAAGGAAAGAGAAGCCAUCGAAGAGCAACUCCGCGAAGAGGCUAAAAAAGAUGGGUCGCUCAGCUCAGUCGUGGAUACAACUGGAAAUUUCGCUUGUGUCGAGACUGCGACGCAUGAGAACGUACCAAGCGAAGAAGACAUAUCAACAUCUUCCCCUGGCAAGCAACCUGGCCAGCACGUCCCGAAGAUUGCGAUGAAUGGUCAUGAUAUCUCCGAGCUACCGUUUGAACCACCUGUCCGUGGCACUGUGAUGGUACCCGAGGACAUUGACGAUGAAGAGCUCGGGCUCGCGAAUGAGGAGCAUCUUCAGUUAUCCCUUGAGGAGACGUUCUUCUUGGUCUUUGGACUAGGCAUUCUUGAGGUGUUCCCCGAAGACAAGUCAGAUCCCCUCACCGCCCCUGAACUGUUCGACCUAUGUCGUUCACUAUCAUAUUACCCGGCCGCGAGUGCGACCUUACUCGCUCCAGACGACCCGUUCCUUGUCAAAUAUAUAGUGUAUCAUCACUUUAGAUCUUUGGGUUGGGUUGUGCGACACGGAAACAAGUUUUCGGUCGACUUUCUCCUAUACAACCGUGGCCCUGUAUUCUCCCACGCUGAAUUUGCGAUUAUGAUACUACCAUCAUACUCUCAUCCUCACUGGAGAUCGACGGUAGAGCUGACGGCAAAAGUAGAUGAGAAGGAAAGGAGGGACUGGUGGUGGUUUCACUGCAUCAAUCGGGUCCAGGCGCAUGUUAGGAAGACGCUCGUGUUAGUCUACGUAGACAUUCCCCCGCCAUCUGCUAUUAAUAUCGCACCGGGCGAGACUCGCAAUAUUGGGUCUGUACUCAAACAAUACAGAGUUCGCGAGUUCGUACUGCGGCGAUGGCUCAUGAACAGAAGUCGGGAUUGAAAAAGUCUACGCUAAGGCCAAAAACAAAAGGACAUCAUGGAUUUGACUACGCCCUUGCUGUAUCCAAAGCUUCUUCAGUUGUUAAUGGUAUCAUUUCCGCUUUUCUUUUCAGACCUGUCUUGGUCUCAACGUGCUGGUUUCUCAACACACUUUUAGACACACACGCUCCAGCCACAACACCUAGGACAGCUACUACUGUGAACAUUAUCCACAUGUUGCUCAAGCUCCAUGCAUAAGCCUCUUUGAUUGCGUUUUUAUGCUCGAUGUUCUCGAUGUCUGGAAUGCGCAGCACGUUUGCAGCAGCCUCCUGACCGGAAUACUGUUCCGCAAGGGACAAAGGUAGUCCCUCUGCGAGCAGAUACUUGACUCUUGCCUCCAUACCAUUUUGAAAGACCACACCACCAAUAACAAUAGACAUGGCAGUCGCAAUGGCACGACAGAACCCAA